ACGUCACGCCGCGUUGUAAAAGAAAAACAAAAAAUUAAAGCACAAAUAAAUAGCCAUGGAAGGUACGCAGUUACCUGUUACAGUUACUGAUAAUGUGACUCCUGCAAUUGUGAAGAGCACCGUGGUGGCACCUAUUGUUGUGUCGCACGCAGUAGGCGUGCCUGCCACUGUCAGUGUGUCAUCGACAUCUGUCAACACUUGCGCAGCCCCUGUAACACCAAUAGUGGCAACAACAACAACAACAGCAGCAGCAACAGUAACAACGACGCCUUUGAGUCGAACUCCGAUUCACAAUUUGCCGAUUGAGCUGCUACAAAACGACGCUGCGAAGCGAAGAAGCUCCUCGCGUACAAUUAAACGCAAACGCUUCGACGACGAAAUUGUUGAAUAUAAUCUAACGAUACCAACGAGCCGUGGCGGUGCAGAUGCCAACCGAUCGAAUCGACCGCGCACAACUUCGCAAAACUAUCCAGGAAUUGUGACAACACCAACAACCAAUUUGUUGCAGCCGCCCGUUUCAACUUUAGUUGCUGUUGCGCCACCAGAAACUCCACAGACGCCGGGAAGUGCAGUUGAAUCGCAGCCCGGAACACCAAUCAUUGUGGCAACCUCAACACCUGCGACACCUUCAACGCCAGCCACUCCAAUCUUGCCGUUGCCCACAAUUAUUACGCCUGUGCAACAAACGCAGCCAAAGCCGAAGCCCAUCAUGGAGCGUGCUCCUGCCGCAGAGCGUCGUCCACGUCCGUCGCGUCCGGCUAGCAACAAGAAGCCACGACGCAAUGGUCGCCCACUGGCACAGAUGGCCACCAAAGACCUGGGCCGCUGGAAGCCAAUUGAUGACCUCGCUCUUGUUAUUGGCAUACAGCAGACCAAUGACUUGCGUCUGAUUCAUCGUGGCGUCAAGUUCUCCUGCAAGUUUACGCUGCAGGAGCUACAGCAGCGUUGGUACGCCUUGCUCUAUGAGCCAGCCGUAUCGCGAAUUGCCGUCUCUGCCAUGCGCAAUCUGCAUCCAGAGCUGGUGGAGUCCGUACAGCGCAAGGCGCUUUACAGCGUGCAGGAGGAAGAUCUGCUGGGGACCAUCAAGAGCACUGACAUCCCCAAGCUGGAGCAGUUCCAGGAGCUGCUGGACAAGAAUGCAGCCACCUUUUAUUGCGCACGCACAGCCAAGUCGUUGCAUAACCACUGGCUGCUCCUUAAGCAGUACUGCCUGUUGCCGGAUCAAACAGUGAAGCCGCUGCAUGGCUCAGAUCAACCGUUGAGCUUCUCGGAUGCUGAGGAUCAGAUAUUCGAUCAGGAUUUACAUGAGCCGCGUGAUGAGGCAUUGGAAAUUGAACUAACGCUCGCCGAUCGUCGCAACAAACGCGAUAUACGCCUCUUGGAGAAUGAACUUUCCCGCUGGGGCGUCCUGGUUGACUCUGUGCUGGGUCCCACGGCUGCCAGUGAGUUUGACAAUCAGACACUGGCUUGUCUGUGUGGACGCCUGGUGCGCUACUUGAUGCGUUCCAAGGAGAUAACAUUUGGUCGCGAGGCCAAGGAAUGCGGCGUGGAUGUCGAUCUGUCUCUGGAGGGACCCGCUGCUAAGAUCUCCCGUCGUCAGGGCACCAUCAAGAUGCGCAGCAAUGGCGACUUCUUCAUUGCCAACGAGGGCAAACGGGCGAUCUUCAUCGAUGGCACGCCAUUGCUGAAUGGGAACAAGACGCGACUGGCGCAUAACUGCACUGUGGAGAUAUCUGGACUGCGCUUUACGUUUCUGGUGAACUAUGAACUCAUCAAUGCCAUACGGCAGGAAAGCGCCAAGACAUCGAAUCCCUUGAAUUAGCUUAGCUUUACUAUAUAGAUCUUAAGCAACCGCAGCUGGCCUCGUCAAGGUCGCCGCUAUGUAUUUCUAUUCUUAAUGUUCAAUAAGAAACUAGUUCUGGAAAUAUACGACAUAAACAAUGGCA